AUGGCCCACAACUCCUCAGUUCAGCGAACGGCACCUAUUGCCAUCGCUCCGAAGCCCCCAAGGCGAGACCCAGCACCACAGCGACAGGACAGCUUGCACAGAUUUGAGAUUGGUCCCAGUAGCGUUCAAACUGGAGCCUCUAUGGAAUCUUCUUCUUUAGCCGGGUCGACUAUGGCUCCAUGCCAAGCAUGCCGGUUUUCGGGAACCAAAUGUGUUCUCAGUGAUGACGAGGACGGAUGUGCCGCAUGUCAAGCCAACGGUUCCGAGUGCUCUUACCUAUCGAGUUCUUUGGCAAGUCCUCAAACCCGUAAGAGAAAAAUGAAUGGAAUAUCAGUCCGAGACAAUACUUUUGGCAAGCGAAGCUCACCCAAUAUUUCUACUCGUAGACUAGGAAACUCCAGCCUAUCCAGCACAGCUGCGAGCAGCUCCUUUCUCGAGGACCUGGCGAAUGUAGGCGGCCCAACCAUGCUUAAGAGAACCCUCGGCAUGCAAAAUGACCGUUUCAGUCAAUAUAUCGGCCUUACAACUGAUUUUGAGCCGUCACUCAUCAAUCUCUCUACGUUCGAUCCGCAAGAUGAGAGCCUGUUAGCCAGAGGCACACUGCGAAAGGUUAGCGAUAACGACACAUUUUUGAUGUUGCCGGACAGCAGUACCUCCGGUUACGAGCAUGUUAUCGAAGACUCGGAUGCCAUCGAGGCUGUGGUGUCGCCGCAUGGGCGGAAGUUAAUCGAUCUGUACUUCCGAAUAGUGCAUCCGGCAUUCCCAAUAAUUCAGAAACACGUCUUCUUGGAGAAAUACGAGCGAUCUCACCGAGAGUUCUCACCUCCGAUCCUGGCUGCAGUUUACAUUUUGGCAAUCAAUUGGUGGGAUCACAAUGAGGAGCUCUCGCGCCUACCGCGUCCUGAUGUACGAGAACUGGAGAGGCUCAUUCGCAGCACACUGGCAGAUGCCAUGAACAGGCCGAAGUUAUCUACUAUCCAAGCAGGCUUGCUGUUAUCUCAGUGUCCAGAAGGCGACCAGUGGGCACCAACUGCUCAACUUGUGGCCGUUGGCCAGGAGCUUGGGUUGCAUCUGGACUGUUCAAACUGGAAGAUUCCCCCUUGGGAGAAGGGUUUGAGACGGAGGUUGGCAUGGGCACUUUAUAUGCAAGACAAAUGGGGUGCUUUGGUUCAUGGACGACCUUCACACAUCUUUCCAUCCAACUGGGGUGUGCGGGCUUUGGCUGUCAACGACUUCCCGGACGUUGAGUGGGACGAGAACGAUUCUGAUGAGAAACAAGACAUUGAGAAGGGUCGGCUUCUGUUCACCCGUUUUGUGCAGCUGUCUGAAAUCUUGGCUGAGAUUCUCGAGACCUUUUACACAUUAAACUCAACACAGAACAUUGCCGACGCCGGGUUGCAAGGGACUCAGCUGGUCUUGUCUCUUGCAAAACCUGUUCAGCUCAAACUUAAAGAGUGGUACAGCGGCUUACCAGCUAGUAUUCGCCUUGAGUCCUACUCUAUGACGAGUUAUUCUCCGGCUUCCCCACCGUCGACCAACAGAUUAUCCAGCAUCGGGUAUCUCCAUCUGGGGUAUUUUGCCACGGAGAUAACAUUACACCGUAGAAUCAUUCGAUCUUUGGCAUCAAACCCGACCGCCGUGGACCCAUAUGUUCAGCAUAUUUGUCGAAGUGCAGCAAAGGCGCGCCUUAUCUCAGCCAUGGACUUUGUGAACCGGCUGACGCCGAACCAUCUACGGUCCUUCUGGUUUUUUGCAUCCAAGACCAACUUUGCGCUGAUUGGAACUUUUGGCUCGUUAUUGUGGGCGACAUCUCCCGGUCGAGAGGAAGCCGACUGGUACCGUCGUCGCUUGGGGGAGUAUCGCUGGACACUGUCGGUGAGCUUCAAGCCUGGCGAGAGUAAGGGCUUAACGCAAUUCGCGAUGACUAUGCUGGAUAUUUCUACCGGAUUGUUAAAGAGAUUACCUGAGAAGCCGUCCAUGAGUCGCAGUGGGAGCUUGGCAGACAUGUCAGCGCCGUCAGGGCCACCUUCAUUCCCAGGGUCAUUCUCUGGUGGCGGUAGCCUGAUGGGCCAGUUCAGCAACAUUCAUAGCGCAGAUGUGAGUAGCGCUCAAAGUCCUCGCAGCGAUGAGUCGAGCAGUGACGAUGAAAUGGAGGACAAUUAUGCCACACCAAUUUAA